GCUGUACCGCCCGCUGACAGUCGCUCCGCUUGACGCUGCAGGUCGUCAACAGUCGGGCUAACGUGAAGUUCCCAGUUCCACACAAACCGAGUGACUCCGGUCCGCUGUGCCGCCUCCGCUCUCCGCGAUGGACUCUGCUCAGAAAGCGACGUCCGGGUUCUCCCUGGACCUGGGACCCCUGAAGGAGCCGCUGGGAUUCAUCCGCCUGUUGGAGUGGAUCUUCACCAUCUUCGCCUUCGGCACUGCGGGAGGUUACUACGGGAGCACUCACUUCACCGUGAACUGCACCAACAAGGAGGUGCAGAACAUCUCCGCCUCCUUUCAGUACCCCUUCAGGUUGCAGGCCUCCACGUACAGCAUGACGGCGUGUAACGGCACCCAGCUGGACCGGGUCCUGCAGGGCGACUUCUCCUCCUCGGCCGAGUUCUUCGUGUGUGGGGUGUUCGGCUUCCUUUACUGCACCGCCACGCUGGUCCUCUACCUGGGCUUCCAGCACGUGUACCGUCGGACCAGCCGCGGCCCCGUCGUCGACCUGCUGCUGACGGCCGCCUUCGCCUUCCUGUGGCUGGUGUCCUCCUCGGCCUGGGGCAAAGGACUGACGGACGUCAAAUGGGCCACCAACCCCGAACACCUGGUGGAGCUCUGCAAGGAUGUGUGCAAACCCGGAGAGUUUCCCACCAUGGGCCGCCUCAACGCCUCCGUGAUUUUCGGCUUCUUGAACCUGAUCCUGUGGGCUGGAAACUGCUGGUUCAUUUAUAAGGAAACUCCUUUCCACAAGGAUCCCAACCAGCAGGCCAACAUGGAGGGAGGCGGAGUCCCCGGCCACUAGUCGCCCGCCGCCCGCCGCCCGCCGCCCCGCUCAGGGUGAUUGACAGCUCAGCCGUGCACCUGCCCAUCAACGCCUCUGCGCCCCUCUCAUCCUCCCACCCACAGAAAUGGAAAGAACCGGCUCUAGUUCUGUCCAUCGGUCUGACCAUUAGCUUCAGGUUUUCUCCAGUCACUGAGCAACGCUUCUACCUUUUCUCCAGAGUCAUUCAUCCAUGUUCCCCACAGCGCCAGAGCCACAGCUCUUCAUACUGUGUAACACUGUGUUACUGUGUGACGCUGUAACACUGUGUAACGACCACCAUAACUGUAACACUAUAACAACGUCUAACUCUAUGUUCCUGGGGUACACAGUGUUACGCUGUGCUACAUUGUGUAACACUCCACAAAGUUAACACUGUGUUACACUGUGUCUAACUCCAGCACUGUUGUACUGUGUUACAGUGUAACACUAACAUCGUCACACUGUGCAACUUUGUCUAACUCUAACACAGUGUAACACGGUGCUGGUUACACAUGCAAACUGCUCUGUAACGUUGUGUAGCUAACACUGUGACAUUGAGUAACACUAACAAUGAGUGAUGCUACCACUGUAACACUAACACUGUGUAACAUGGUCUAACUCUAACACUGUUACACUAACAGUGUAACUGUAACUCUAACACAGUGUUACAGUGUUAGUUACACAUGUAAACUGCUCUGUAACACAGAGUAACUAACACUGUGUUACAUUGUAUAUUUCUGUGUAACACUGUAGCUCUACCACAGUAUUGUGUCACACUGCGUUGCGCUGUGUAACGCUUCAGAUGAGCGGUGCGUUCACAGCACUGAGUCCCUUUCGUGAAAGAAAGUGAUGAGAACUGUUGUAAAAAAAAACUGAACGUGUUCUGCCCUCCAGCUGAGGUGAAAACACACCAAAACAACACAGAUGUGACUAAAGGAAGUGUUGCCAUUAACAAAAAAAAAAAACCAUCUGAACAGUCUUUAAUCAGACACCUUCUGACUCCUCUGCCGUCAGAUUCUUGUUUCACACGUCCGUUUGGGAGAGGUUCACUCAGUCGUCUGCUUCACUAACGCGGCGCCUCUCUUCAGUUUACACCGGCGCUUUAUCGUCCAGCCACACGAAGGAAACGGCCUGACACUCCUUCCACAGCCGGGCUGGGCACAUGCACUCUAAAGCCAUACUGUGGUUUAUUUAGAAGCUCCUCAAGACACUGCGGUUUAACCCAUCUAACUUAACACUUUCAACCAGUCCAGAGGCCUAUGCUACAACAUGCAGUUUACUUUUUAUUUUUUUACAAUGGAUUUUUAGUUGUUGGAUCAGUCCCAAUUCGGUCUGUUUGAAUUUAAUUUUUAUUUCGUCUCACUAGAAAAGAUUUAUUGAAACACUUUUCUAUCUGUUUGCUUCAUGUGUCUGCGUUCCUGUGUUCAUACUUACUUGUGCCAGACGUCUGCAGCUGUGAAAGCGAGUUAAAAACAAAAUGUACAUAAUAAGUGGAACUUAAAGUAAUUUGAUUGGAAUCCUAAUUAUCCAUAAUAAUAUUAUGUAUCAUAUUUAACCCACCUGGUUCAGCCAUAGUUCGUUAAUAGAAAAAUUAAAGUUCACAGGUGUUUUUUGUUGUCAUUUUGCAUUAAUGUAAGCCAGUUUUCAGUCAGCGAGCGUUACAUUUGACACCCCAGCUUCAGAUUCUUCAUGAGUGGUUUUCAUUUCGCCGAGCAGAAAAGCUUAAAAUGUAAAUCCAGAUGGAGUUUCUCGUGAAAACAUCCUGUCUUAGUUGAUGAAACGUGCAGUAAAACACAUUUCGGUGAGCUCUAGCAGAUGUUUCCUCUCUCUUCCGCCAUAAAGCUCUUUCUUUGAUCCAUUCUUCACACUCUGAACGCUGCAGCUCUGACUUUUCACUUCUCCUCACUGCGCAGCCCUUCCGGCAUGAUGCUGCCGCCGCCGUGCUUCCCUGUCUGCGUGGUGCUCUGCGUUCUCUUGUCCAUCCUGAUGAGUAGCCAUCGCUUCACCACACUUUUCUCACGUCAGAUCUGAAGGUGUGAUGUGACAUGGCAGCCUGAGCUCCGGCUGUACUUUAAAUCACUGACACGCGAGCCCAGCCUCGCUUCUGCUCGCACCGACGGCGCUCUGUGUUGUUAUUUACAUGAAGUUCAAGGUUAAUUUUGAGUUUUUUUUUUCUUUGAAACAAGCGGCUUCCCUUCAGUUUAUUUCACCACGUUUUCGGUUUCCACCGUGCACACGGGACAUAACUGCUGUAUUUUUUUUUAUUUUUUUUUAUUAUUAUUAUUGUUAUUAUUUUCGCCUGUGGUGCUGCUUUACAUGGAGGCUACCAGCCAGUUUCAGAUGUGAUCACUUUUUGUACUGAACUCCUGCUGAAGACUGUUGUCAAUAUUUGCAUUGCACUAAGAGAAAAAGAUUAAUUUUGAUGAAGUAACUGCACACUAAAUGUUGCCUGUUUAGGAAAUAUAAGAAUGUGUUGGAGUUGAUGGAAAAAGUAUACUUUAUCACAAUAAAGUGAAAUUUGACACUUUGA